CCUGUCAGGCUGCGAUACUGUAUCGUAACUAGUUUAAUUAUAAGUAUACAAAUAAAAAAUGAUUCUAAUACUUUUGGUAUUAUGUUGGUCUGUAUAUGAUGUUAGUGGAAAACAUUUUGAAAGUGCCAGUAAUUACCUUGCAGAAGAUGGCAGAUUGAAUUUCACCGAACUCGUGACGAAGUAUGGACAAAGAAAAACUGAAGAAUUUGACGUUAUCACUGAAGAUAGCUACAUUUUGAAACUUUUCCAUAUUGAGGGUGACAAAAGGAGGCCUAUACUCAUGGCUCAUGGUCUCAUCGACUCCCCAAAUUCUUUUAUCGCACGAGGUAACAAAUCGCUAGCUCUUGCGCUCGCUGAGAAAGGGUACGACUGUUGGUUCAUGAGUGUAAGAGGCAAAAAAUAUAGCAGAAAACAUUUACAUUUAAACCCGGACAAAGAUGCGGCGUACUGGGAUUUCAGUUUUCAUGAAAUCGGUAUGUAUGAUCUGUCUGCUACCAUUGAUUUUGUAUUGAAGAAAACAAACCAAACUCAACUGACACUCAUCGGGUUCUCUCAAGGAAAUCAAAUAUGGUUUGUGUUGGGUUCGUUGAGGCCAGAGUACAACGCCAAAGUAAAAGCUGUAAUCGCAUUAGCUCCAGUAGCAUACAUGAACAAUACUUCGAUUCCUGGAAAAUCUUUGUGGCCUCCAUUUAAUGUAUUUCUUAAAAAAACCGGCCAAGAGGAAUUGUUCGGAGAAAAUUCAAUAGCAACAUUUGUGGCGCGCGCUGUUUGCUCUCGUGUACCGGCUGGUGCUGAAUUUUGUUUAAAUACGUUUAUUUUUCCACUAUCUGGUAUCGAUCUCGAUCAGUUGGAACUUGAAUUUAUGACAGUUUUUAUUGGACAUUGCCCAUCAAGCACAUCCAGAAGAGUUUUGGACCACAUGAUACAAGUUACCAAUGAAAAGACAUUCCAGCAAUACAAUCAUGGGCCUAUAGUAAAUUUUAAAAAGUACGGUUCUUUUAUACCUCCCAAAUAUCCAUUGGAGAAAAUUACAGCCAAAAUAGAACUCCUUGUUGGACGGAAUGAUGUUUCGGCAACUGCUGACGAUGUCAAGUUUUUGAACACGCUACUCCGUAAUUCUACAUACCACGAGAUAGACUUUAAUCAAUGGAGUCAUCUCGAUUUUGUUUUCGGAAGGCAAAUGGAUGUAUAUCUGUUUCCCCUGCUGUUAGACUUAUUGAAGAAAUACAAUUGAAGCGAAACUUAAUAGUCAUAGUAUUAAAUUAGAAUAAUGCACUUAAUUAUUUUCAUACGUUUUUUAAUAAAGAAUCAAAUAAUUUCUCUUUGAACCAUUUAUUUUAUUUAAGUGUUAUGUUUAGUAAUCCAAGUCAAGAAAGUCACCAACUUCAACGUUUAUUCUUUAGGUUUUAAGUUCUUUAU